UUGUGGACUACUACAAUUAGCUUCGCUCACGGUGUCAUUGGAUCUGAGAAAAGAAAAGCGUAGAUCAAAGGACUGCGAGCUCUUACAGAACAUUGUAGUCAAUUUCACCGGCUUCCCGCGUCUCCGAUAAACUGUCUCUAGAGAAUCAGAUUACAGAUAAAAUGAGUAAGAUCUACCAGUUUAUGAACUGCCGCAUUUUGCGUGACAGCACCAUUGUCAGGGAGGACUUAUGGGUGCGAGGAGGGAAGAUUCUCAACCCUAGAGAUGUCUUUUGGAUGGAGAAAUCAAAAGCAGAUGAACAAAUUGACUGUUGCGGAUUAAUUAUAGCUCCAGGAUUCAUUGAUGUUCAAAUUAAUGGUGGUUUUGGAGUUGACUUCUCAUCUCCAUCCGAUAAUGUAGCAGAAGGUGUAGAAAAAGUGGCAAAGAAUCUUCUACAACAUGGUUGCACUUCGUUUUGCCCCACACUAGUCACCUCAGAGGAGAGGAUGUAUAAAAUGCUUGUAUCUAAAAUAAAAAGAAGACCUGGUGGUAUCCAUGGUGCUGAAGUUCUUGGAACCCAUUUAGAAGGUCCUUUUAUCAAUCCUGAGAAGAAAGGAGCUCACAAGGAGCACUUGAUCAGAAGCUUAGAGAACUGGACAUAUCAGGACUUUGAGUCAUUCUAUGGUACCCUGGAGGAUUGCAGUCUUACAACAAUUGCCCCAGAGCUUGCUGGAAACAUGAGCAUAAUUGAAGAGCUUGUAAAGAGGAACAUUGUCGUCUCUAUUGGUCAUUCAACUGCCAAUUUGGCAAUGGCUGAGCAGGCAGCAAGAAAAGGAGCAACUUUUAUUACUCAUCUCUUCAAUGCUAUGUUACCGUUUCAUCACCGUGACCCUGGUAUUGUUGGUCUUCUUACGAGUGAUCAUAUCCCAAAGCCAAUCUUCUAUGGCUUGAUAGCUGAUGGGAUUCAUACACAUCCAACAGCCACUAGGAUAGCUCAUAGGUCACACCCAAAAGGCCUUGUUCUAAUAACAGAUGCCAUCAUAGCCCUUGGUUUGCCCCCUGGUGUUCAUAAUCUUGGCCCCAUGAAGGUGGAGAUUGACCACGAGAAAGCAGUGCUGGCUGGCACUAACACACUGGCUGGAAGUGUGGCUUCAUUGGACUUUUGUGUCCAACGCUUCAUGGAAAUGUCAGGCUGUAGUAUGGUGGAAGCCAUCGAAGGUGCUACACUUCACCCGGCACAACUUCUCAACAUUCAGCACCGCAAGGGAACUCUCGACUUCGGCUCCGACGCUGACCUUAUAUUCUUGGACGAUCAGCUCAAUGUGCAAGCAACCCUGAUCGGUGGUCACCCUGUGUGGAUUCGUAAACGAAAGGGCCUGAUAGCAAGAAUUUUACAAAAUAAGUUUAAUCUUACUAACGAAGUAUUUGGCUCUUAGAAAUGACGAAUUGUGGAUUAUAUAUAUAUAAAUAUACAGUAUGAACUCUUUCACCAAGUGAUCUUAAUUGAUUUAUUUUUAGCAAAGGUUUAUUUUUACAAAUGCCUCUGUUUAGUAACUGGAAUUCAUUGUUUUUCAUUUGUGAAAGUGAAGCGUUUGCUUUUACUCAGGAGCUUAUGAAAUUGCACUUCAAUCAACUGUUUUUGCACUUAUUGUUGAUGCACAAUAAACAGAUAUCUAUAUUGUUCCUUUGA